GGGAGGCAGGCCAGGAGUGACGAUGAGCGAAAAAUCAAAACCACGAAAAACCCAGUGAAAGCCAAACCAAGCAGAGACUAGAGAGAACUCCAGUUGAAAACUCUAUAUAGUCUUACUGCUACUCUCUCUCUCUCUUUCUCCGUCAAAACUCAAUCCCUAGAUCGCCAACCAUGGCUGCAAAGCGAGCUCGGGACCGCCAUGUUAUGGACUCCGUCUACCCAGUGAUUGAACUCCUCUUCCUUCUCAUCGCUUGUUCGGAGCUCUGCGACGCCGCUACCGUCGUCGACGUCUACCGUCUUAUUCAGUACGACAUCUCCGGUGUCCCCUUCGGAUCUCGCCUAGCUGGACUUAACCACCACGCCGCUUCUAUGCAUUUUCCUCCCUCAUCCGAUCUCUCCCGUACCGUUCUCAUCAUCCCUCUCCGUGAACUCAACAUCUCCUUCGUUAAAGAAUACAUUUCUCAAAGACAACCUCUUGGAGGGUUGCUUUUUCUACUUCCCCAGAUGUUUAACUAUGAGAAUAAAGGUGGUGGCGGCAUCGAAAGUGAUCAUCUUGAACACGGGAGCGAGGAGCACAGCAAUGUACUCCAAGAACUUGAACAGUUACUCAUACACUCAAAUAUACCAUAUCCUGUGUAUUUUACUUUUGAGGAUAGUGAUACUGAAGCUGUUUUGGCUGAUAUUAAGAGGAAUGAUGCCACUGGUCAGCCUGCCACUGCAACUACUGGCGGGUACAAGCUUGUUGUUUCAGUGUCAGAACCUAGAAAGAUUGUCUCACCCACCAUAACAAACAUUCAGGGAUGGUUGCCGGGAUUGAAAACGGAUGGAGAUAAUCAACUUCCUACCAUUGCAAUAGUGGCAUCAUACGACACAUUUGGGGCAUCUCCAGGUUUAUCGGUGGGAAGUGAUAGCAAUGGAAGUGGCGCUGUGGCACUUCUUGAAAUUGCUAGGUUGUUCUCUAUUCUUUACUCAAAUCCCAAUACAAGAGGAAGGUACAAUUUACUUUUUGGGUUGACGUCUGGUGGACCCUAUAACUACAAUGGAACCCAGAAGUGGCUUCGGAGUGUUGAUCAACGUCUUCGUGAGAGUAUUGACUACGCUAUUUGCUUAAACAGUGUUGGCUCAUGGGAUGAUGAAUUAUGGAUUCAUGUUUCUAAGCCUCCAGAAAAUGCCUACAUAAAGCAAAUUUUUGAAGGUUUCUCUAAUGUAGCAGAAGAAUUGGGUGUUAAAGUAGGCCUGAAGCACAAGAAAAUAAACAUUUCAAAUCCUCGAGUUGCAUGGGAGCACGAACAGUUUUCAAAGCUGAGAGUUACUGCAGCCACUAUUUCUGAACUUUCUGCUGCUCCUGAAUUGUUAGAAAGAACGGGUGGUAUAGUUGACAGCAGAAAUUUUGUUAAUGAAACUGCGGUCAUCAGAAGUGUCAAGUUGAUUGCUGAGAGUCUUGCGAGACAUAUUUAUGGCUACCAAGAAAAGAACAUUCAAAUAUUUGCAGACAACAGUAGUUUAGCAGUAAAUUCAUUUUAUGUAAAAUCUUGGUUGGAGUUGCUGUCGCAAACACCUCGAGUGGCUCCUUUCCUGUCAAAGAAUGAUCCGUUUAUCUUGGCUUUGAAAAAGGAAUUAGAAGAUCAUACCCAUGAAGUGAAUAUGCAACAUGAGGUGCUUGAUGGAAUGUUCACUUUCUAUGAUUCAUCUAAGGCUAAACUUAACAUAUAUCAGGUUGCUAGUGUCACAUUUGACUUGCUGUUGCUUCUAGUUCUGGGAUCUUACUUGAUAGUGCUAUUCAGUAUUCUUGUCAUCUCAACUAGGGGUCUUGAUGAUCUGAUUAGUUUGUUCCGAAGACCACCCUCGAGAAAGGUGAAAACCGCUUGAUAACUCGAGGCAGGAUUAACUCGAAACCAUUAGUCUCAGAACUGAAGAUUCUCUCGUGUAGUUCAGAUUAAAAUUAAGGUCUAUAUUUAUAGUUUUGGCAAAUGUCUUGGCUAGUUCACGACACGAGCGAUGAUCUUAGUAGCUCGUGUUAGGAAGGCGUUUUAUGUUUUUUUAGUGUCAGCAUGAGAACUAUUGUAUUGAGGUGCGAGAAAAAUUUUGUUUUAAGAUUCAUAUUUUAGCAAUGUAUAAUCCCUGGAAAUUUUCUUGCGCAAGGGAUAUUGUUUAUGCAUUAGAAGUGACUUACACUGGUCCCCAAUUAAACGUUAAUUGAGGGAGACAUUAGGAGAUAGUAAAAUAAAUAUUGAAUUCAAUUUGAUUAGGCAUGGUUGAAGAUUUGUGCAAUUACUGAGUAUUAAUGGUCACUUGGGUGUUUCACAAA